AAAAGACGCCACAUCUUCCUCAUUUUUGCAUUCGACUUCUCUCUCUCUCUCUCUCUUUGUCAUACACAAGGGUCUACCUGCACAGUGAUCAGGAUGUCGUGGGAAGGGUGGCUCAACUCAUUGAAGAAACCUGACAAAGAUGGAAAAAUUUGGGUGGAUCAGGCUGCAAUCUGUGGCCACGAAGCCGGACAAGAGAGUGUGUGGGCAGCCACCCCAGAGUUAAAAAACAUCACGUCAAGUGAGAUUAAGAGAAUAGUGACUGGCGGGGCUGAUUUAUAUCAAAGUGGUCCCCUCCUCUGUGGAUAUAAGUGCCAACUCAUCAGAAACCUUUUGGAUGAACCGGAACACUGCAUGGAUCUGAAGAAGAAAACCAAGGAUCCACAAGAAAAUAGCUUUGUCAUCUGUAUCGGCAAAUCACACAAAACUCUCGUUAUUGCUACAGGAGUCGAAGGUGCUUACGCUGGACAGAUAAACCCAAUAGUUAACGAAGUUGUUAAACAACUUCGGGAAAACUCGUAUUAAUUCCAAAUUCUGGUUCUGCAACCGCCAAACCACAUGGCUGCCAACCCCGACCUUCUGCUUGUUUAGAUUUUGUAGAUCAACAGUUUUUUGUCAGUGGAGGAAAAGUUUAUUCCGCUACGUUGUCAUGAUAAUCUCACACACACUGAGCUGCAGCACUCUGAAUAAAGAGCAAUGUGUUUAUUAUGAAA